GUGGCUUGUGCGAAGGGGCGGGGCUUCCACGAGGGCGUGGUUUGCUCGCGCUGCAGCAGCGGUGGCGGUGUUGGGGAAGGAGGAGGAAACGGAGGAUGGCGGAGCGACACCACUGAAGCUCAGCGUGAAAGAUGCGACGUCUUCUGCCCCGUGUGUUUCGCCCUGUUGUGAUCGAGUCGAGGGAGUUUGUACAGUUCAGACGAGCAUGAGGCCGCUCGCCUCCCGUCACGUCGCUCUCUCUCUCGCCGAGUGUUAAUGGGCACAGGAGCGCACCGGUGUCGCCGCCCAUCACCGAACGCACGCCGCUCACACGCGCGCACAGUUAUGUGCUCACGCGCCGGAGUAUAGCGGACAUUUUUUUUAAACGCUUUUUAUUUGCGAACGAAAGGAGCGAACCAGGGAGAGAGAAAGAGACUCUCAUGCGCCGUCGGGCCGAAGUGCUUUCACCAUGAGCAGCGCUUUAGGCAAAGACAAAGACUGCAAAGAGAAGGAGGCCAAAGCGCUCUCGGGUAAAGAGCGCGACAAGGAGCACAAGGGGCCCACCGGCCUCGGGAAGGACGGCAAGGAGCCCAAAACCAAAGGGAAAGACGCCAAAGAUGGGAAGAAAGACUCGAGCGGGGCGCCACCGGCCGUCGCUUUCUCCGUGGACAACACGAUUAAGCGGCCGAACCCCUCGACCGGGAUGCGCAAGAAGUCCAGCAACGCCGAGGUGGCCAAGGAGCUCGCUAAGUGCCGAGACGAGAACUCGACCCGCCUGGACCUGUCUAAGCGCUCCAUCCACCUGCUCCCCUCCACCAUCAAGGAGCUGACGCUGCUCACCGAGCUCUACCUGUACAGCAACAAGCUGCAGAGCCUCCCGGCCGAGCUGGGCUGCCUGUCGGGCCUGGCGACGCUGGCGCUGAGUGAGAACUCGCUCACCAGUCUGCCCGACUCGCUCGACAACCUCAAGCGGCUGCGCAUGCUCGACCUGCGGCACAACAAGCUGCGCGAGAUCCCGGCCGUGGUCUACCGCCUCACGUCCCUCACCACGCUGUACCUGCGCUUCAAUCGCAUCACCGCCGUCGAGAAGGACAUCCGCAACCUCAGCAAGCUCACCAUGCUGAGCAUCCGCGAGAACAAGAUCAAACAGCUGCCUGCUGAGAUCGGAGAGCUGUGUAACCUGAUCACUCUGGACGUGGCUCACAACCAGCUGGAGCACCUUCCUAAAGAGAUCGGGAACUGCACGCAGAUCACCAACCUGGACCUACAGCACAACGAGCUCCUGGACCUUCCCGAGACUAUCGGCAAUCUGUCGAGUAUAAACCGUCUGGGGCUGCGCUACAACAGGUUGUCUGCCAUCCCCAGAUCUUUAUCCAAGUGUCGGGAGCUGGAGGAGUUAAACCUCGAGAACAACAACAUCUCCCUGCUGCCUGAGGGUCUUCUCUCGAGCCUGGUGAACCUGACGAGUCUGACGCUGGCGCGCAACUGUUUCCAGUCGUACCCGGUGGGCGGCCCGUCGCAGUUCUCCACCAUCUACUCGCUCAACAUGGAGCACAACCGCAUCAACAAGAUCCCGUUCGGCAUCUUCUCACGAGCCAAAGUCCUCAGCAAGCUCAACAUGAAGGACAACCAGUUGACGUCGCUGCCGCUGGACUUCGGCACAUGGACCAGCAUGGUGGAGCUGAAUCUCGCCACCAACCAGCUGACCAAGAUCCCUGAGGACAUCUGCGGCCUGGCUUCCCUCGAGGUCCUCAUAUUAUCCAACAACCUACUGAAGAAGUUACCUCACGGCAUCGGGAACCUGCGGAAGAUACGGGAGCUGGACCUGGAGGAGAACAAGCUGGAGUCGCUCCCGAACGAGAUCGCCUACCUGAAAGACCUGCAGAAACUCGUCUUGACCAACAAUCAGCUGACCACGUUGCCGAGAGGGAUCGGUCACCUGACCAACCUGACUCACUUGGGACUGGGAGAGAACCUCCUGCAGCACCUGCCUGAGGAGAUCGGAACUCUGGAGAACCUGGAGGAGUUGUACCUGAACGACAACCCCAACCUUCACGGUCUGCCCUUCGAGCUGGCGCUGUGCAGCAAGCUGUCCAUCAUGAGCAUCGAGAACUGCCCUCUGAGCCAGCUCCCGCCACAGAUCGUCGCCGGAGGCCCGUCCUUCAUCAUCCAGUUCCUCAAGAUGCAGGGCCCGUACCGCGCCAUGGUCUGAUCUCGGCUCCACCACCCCCACGCAGAUCCUGCAACACGAACAAACAAAACUCAUUUACGUCCAUCCGAGUCACUUUCAGAGAGGAGAUUCCCCUCACACACAGGUUUAAGACGCCGUCACGGUCCUCGUAAAAACAUAACGAUAAUCGACCCACACACACACACACACACACACGACCUAAAACUAAUAAUAAUAAAACGUGUGUUCUGCUUCACUGAAAGAGAUGAGGAGGCUGAUCCCCCCCACACACACACGUUUCAUUUCAGUGCGCUGUGAGGUAUCAAGGCAAAAAUCACAACACCAAAUGGACAAGUGGAACAGAACUCUCUCUCUCUCUCUCACACACACACACACACACACACACACACACACACACACGAGGACAGUGUUUACUCCAAACGCCAAUCACACAACACGGAGCAUAUUAUAUAUAAAUAUAAAUAUAAAACACACCCUCUGCCGUGGACGUGUGUGAACUCUCAGAGCGUCGACGCCAACUUUAUCAAUUCCUUCUCGUUUUAAAACUGGUGUAUGCAAAACCUUUUUUUUUUUCCCCUCUUCAUUAUCGUUUGCUGCUGCUGCCAUAAUUUUUGGUUGAGAUUGUGUUUAUCCUCUUGAUAUUCCCAAUUUUUUAAUAAUAAUUAUUCCUUUUUAACAGCCA